AUGGCUUACUGUGGCUCAGUGUGUGGCGUUCCAUCUUAUGCUUCUAGCCCGAUGAUUGGAUUGGGAUCAGCAGGUCUCAGCUCAGGCCUGGGUUACGGAUGCGUAGGCUCUGGCUACAGAGGCAUCAGCUAUGGAGGCAUCGGCUAUGGAGGACUCGGCUGCGGUUAUGGAGGUCUUGGAUAUGGUUCUGGCAUUGGAUAUGGUUCUGGUACCUGGUCUUCAGGAGGAGCGACCUCAGGAGAGCUUGGAACCCUUUCUGGAAUCAUCCCUCAGCCCAUCAACCAGAUCCCACCAGCAGAAGUCGUGAUACAGCCACCUGCUUCUGUCGUGACCAUACCUGGACCCAUCCUCUCUGCUACUGGGGAACCAGUUGCUGUUGGGGGAAAUACUCCAUGUGCAGUUUCUGGUUCAGGGAUGGGAGGAGGACUUUAUGGGGGUCUUGGAGGAGGCCUUUAUGGGGGCCUUGGAGGAGGUUUUUCAGGGGCAUUGGGUUAUGGUCUUAAGAGGGGAGGAUACCUUGGAAGAAGAAGGGAUGACUCCCUCCAAGGUUCCAAGACUUCCGGAAGUUUCAGCCAGGGCAGGACCAUGGGCCCAGCCAAGGCCAUAACCAUGUCCAAAGUCAUAUCCAUGGCCUCCAAGGCCAAGACCUCCGUUCACCUCCAUCCCAAAAUGCCUGGCUACUGGGGCCCACAGUUUGCUGUUCCAUCUGUUGCCUCCACCCGAAGAGUUGGCUUUGGAUCUGCAGGGCUCGGUUGGGGAGAUCUUGGCCUAGGAUGCCACGGAUAUGACUUCGGACAUGGCUACGACCUUGGCUGGGCCCAUGGUCCUGCCAUAGCUGAAACUUCUGGAAGUCUUGGAACCCUGGAGGGAGUCAACCCUUCCUGCAUCAACCAGAUCCCACCAGCAGAAGUCACCGUCCAGCCACCCGCCACCGUUUUGACCCUCCCAGGACCCAUCCUCUCUGCUACCGGGGAACCAGUAGCUGUGGGAGGCAACACUCCAUGUGCCAUUAGUGGCACUGGGGUGGCAGGACUAGGCUUCUACAGGGGGCAUGGAGGCCUUUAUGGAGGCUUGGGCUGGGGUUCUCGUUUUAGCCUGAAGCAGGGUGGAUUCCUUGGAAGCAAUUCUUUGCAGGGUCAUCAUGCCAGCAUCUGUUGA